ACAUCAAGCAAUGGAGAAGUUGCAGACUGUGCUAAUUGUCAACCGUGGAGAGAUUGCGGUCCGAAUCUGUAGGACCGCGAAGAAAUUAGGUGUGAAGACCAUUGCAAUCUACUCAGAAGCAGACGCAGCGUCCAGCCAUGUCCGAGAUGCCGACGAUGCCGUGCUUCUACCUGGUAGCAAUGCAACUGCUUAUACAGAUGAAGAAGUCAUUUUGAAGAUUGCGAAAGAGAAGGGUGCAGAUGCCAUCAUCCCCGGAUACGGAUUCCUUUCUGAGAAUGCACCUUUCGCACGACAAGUGAGCGAGGCUGGCCUCGUCUGGGUUGGGCCCUCACCAGAGGCGAUUGAAGCAUUUGGUGUCAAACACACAGCCAGAGACCUAGCUUCUAAAGCCGAUGUGCCCGUCGUUCCAGGUACCAAAGGUCUCGUCAAGGAUGAGGAAGAUGCUGCAAGAGAAGCCGAACGAAUAGGUUUUCCUGUCAUGCUAAAGGCAACAGGCGGUGGUGGCGGGAUGGGCCUUGUCACUUGCAACACGACCGAGGAAGUACGUGAGGGCUUCAAAAUGGUUCAGUCCCGCGGGCAGACGCUUUUCAAAAACCCUGGCGUAUUUAUCGAGAAGUACUUUCCAGCUAGCCACCACAUUGAAGUACAAGUCUUUGGCAACGGGUUGGGCCAAGCUGUUCACUUCGGCGAGAGAGAAUGCUCGAUUCAGAGACGGCACCAGAAAGUUAUUGAAGAAUGUCCCAGUCCAUUUGUCGAGAGACACCCUGAACUGCGACAAAAGCUUGGGGACGCUGCCGUGCGACUGUCAGAAUCCAUCAAGUAUGGUAGCGCAGGGACGGUAGAAUUUCUUGUAGACGACCAAAGAGGCGACUUCUUCUUUCUGGAGAUGAACACACGGCUUCAGGUUGAGCACGGCAUAACCGAGCUCUGCUACAACAUCGACCUAGUGGAUUUGAUGCUAAGGCAAGCAGACGCUCAGCUUGCCGGCAAGGGUGGCAUAGAAGGGUCAACUCUCAAGCAGAUGCAGCCGUCAAAGCCAUCCGGUGCAGCGAUUGAGGCUCGGAUCUACGCGGAAAACCCUUUGCGAGACUAUGCACCGUCACCAGGUCUACUUCAAAAAGUGGAGUGGAAAGAUGUGCCCGGCAGCCGUGUCGAUACGUGGGUCUUCACUGGGUCACGCAUUACACCCAACUACGAUCCUUUGAUAGCGAAGGCAAUGGCUCAUUCGCAGUCUCGAAGCGAGACGAUUCUGCGCAUGAGAGAGCUCUUGACGGGUUCUUCAUUAUCAGGACCUCCGACCAACCUGGAAUUUCUUGUACAGAUACUGGAUGACUCCAGAUUUACCUCUGGCAACACAAUGACCAGCUUUCUGGAAAAUUUCAAGUUCGCUCCACAUGCGAUUGAUGUAAUCUCAGCUGGCGCCUACACCCUCAUUCAAGAUCUUCCAGGACGACCAACAGUUGGUAAGGGCAUACCACAUUCGGGACCUAUGGAUGUGAUGUCUUUCCAAAUCGCGAACAUGCUCGUUGGUAACGCGCGCGGUACUGAAGGUCUAGAGAUUACAUUAAGUGGACCCGAACUUCGAUUUGUCGGGCCUGCUAUUGUAGCACUCUGUGGUGCUCCUAUGGACAUGACGCUGGACGGAGACGAGUUCCCAAUGUGGACUAAUGUCAAGAUUGGAGCUGGACAAACACUCAAGAUCGGGAAAACUACUGCGGGAGGGUGCCGUUCCUACCUCGCUAUUUACGGUGGCUUGCCAUCAGUGGCUGACUACUUUGGUUCCAAGUCGACCUCUCCCUUGGUGGCAAUUGGCGGGUAUCAAGGUCGACAAUUGGCGCCUGGAGAUUUACUUCAGAUCAGGGCAGACUUGCCCACCGAUAUCGAGACUGUGACAAUCCCAGAACGUCUGCGUCUGAGUUACAAAAUGGACUGGGAAAUCUCAGCAAUGGUGGGGCCACACGACGAAGGCUAUUUUGCGCCAGAAGACAUCAAAAUGAUCUACGAUACAAAGUGGAAGGUCUCUCACAAUGCAUCUCGUAGUGGAAUCAGACUCAUUGGACCUGUGCCGAAGUGGGCGAGAUCUGACGGUGGCGAGGGUGGCGCGCAUCCCAGCAACUUGGUUGAAUACGGGUAUCCUCUCGGCACACUGAACUGGACGGGCGACGAUCCAUGUAUCUUUCCUGUUGACUGUCCCAACUUUGGUGGUUUCACAAGCAGUACAACUAUUGUUCGGGCUGACUGGUGGAAGCUCGGACAGCUCAAGGCUGGUAAUACACUGAAGUAUGUUAGGAUCGGCUUAGAAGAUGCUCUCAGGAAGAGGAAACGCAACGACGACUUCCUAGAUUCGAUCGAGAGAGCCGUUAAGAGCAAGAGCAAUUUUGAUGCUAUCGACAUCCUCCAUGGGCACGUUGAUUUCCAUCAAUGUGAGAUCGGGAAAGCAGUCAUCUGGGAGAAGGCAGCAACAAACGACACUCCUCAAGUGCGGUAUCGCCAGGGUGGGGAUGAUCAUCUCCUUGUCGAGUACGGUAACGAGUCCUUCGAUCUUAACCAUAGAUGUCGUGUCACAGCGCUUGAGAAUGCAUUACGCUCUUCGGAAACACCUGAAAAGGUUAAGGGUAAUCUCUACAACACAGUUGGCUGUUGCACAACGCUUCUGGUCUACUACGAUGGCGCCAAGCUACCUCGGAGCGAGCUUGUGUCGCAUCUACAGGAGAUCGAGGAAGGACUCGGCGAUCUACGAUCGACCAAAGUUCCCACAAGAGUCUUCAAACUCCCGAUCAGCUUCGAAUCGAAGCUCCAGGACGAAGCCACUCAGCGCUACAUGACCAACCAGCGUCCUCACGCCCCAUACCUCCCUGACAACCUCUCCUUCGUUGCGAAGAACAAUGCUUUCACUUCUCAGCAGUUGAAAGACAUCUAUCUGAACGGUCAAUUCAUGGCAGUCGUUGUAGGCUUCUUCUGCGGUAAUACGGUAUCUCUGCCAGUCGAUCCUCGACAACGCAUGAAUGCACCGAAGAUGAACCCUUCGCGCGUAUUCACACCGGAAGGAACGGUCGGUUGGGCGGGAAGUUGCAUGUCAAUCUACCCCGUUGAUUCGCCAGGAGGGUACCAGAUGACUGGGCGGACAGUGCCCUGCUUUGAUUACUACUCACAGAAACCUGGCUUCAAUAAGCCCUGGAUCUUCAGAGACUUUGACAUUCUCACUUACUACCAAGUCAGCGAACAGGAGCUUGAUGACCUGCUUGGGAAAUUCAGAGCCGGCAAGUUCGUAUUUGAGUAUGAUGACGUUGAGUUCAGCAUGGCAGAUCACAACAAGCUGCUACAAGAAACUACUGAGGAGGUCAAACAAAUACGCGCAAAGCAAGCAGAAGCUCAAGAAGAGAUGACAAAAGCUGAAAACGAAUCGUUUGAGCGCUGGCAGAAAGAGAAGGCUGAAAACCAAGUCGAUGAAUCUACUGUCGAAAAGCUUCUGGACGAUCCGAGCAUCAUUUCCGUUGAAGCGCCAGUAGAUGCCAACGUAUGGAAAGUAGAAAUAAAGGAGGGCGAUACAGUCGGAGAAGGGAGUAUUAUUGCCAUUCUCGAGGCCAUGAAGCUCGAGAUCGCGGUAAAGACCCCAGACGCGGCAGUAGCAGAUGGCGCCAAGCUACGAGUCGAGAAGCUGUUGGUGAAGCCGGGUGAUACGGUGACAGCUGGCGGGCAUCUCGCGCUACUGAAGAAGGGGUAGUGUCUGUUGCACAAUCAAUUCGAAACUGCGUAGCUUGUGUAUCUUGAGUUUCAUUGCACGCUCUGAACAGCGAGUAGAGAAUCGACAAGUCACUUGCAGUUCUGCACGAGUCAGUUUUUGUCCAAGCACAUACUCUCCUAAGAAAGUCUUCAGACAGAAUUUACGGAUUCCUAUGAUUGCGUUACACGAUUGCCGAUUGAACUUGAUUACAGUCAAUAAAUGAUUGUCGCGAAAUGUAUCUCUUCC